AGCCGAGCCGGCGGGGGGUGGCUCCGCUCCCCGCUGCAGGCUGAUGCCGGAGCCUGGGCUGAGAGCCCCGCUCGUCUCCUGCACCAGCCCCGGGCGGGGCUUUGCUGCGGCUCCGCCGGGCCGGGUCGGGCCGGGCCGCCCCCUGCACCUGCACGGGCACCCUCCUCUGGCUACACCGAUCCUGGGUGGCAGGGCCAGAACCCGGAUGAUCCAGCCAGCCCGUGGCCCUCUCCACUGUGCUUUUCAGGGUUCCUCUCCCAUCUGAGCUAGGAAGCUCCAGCUCCUGGAGUCAAGUGGAGAUCUGGUGAUUUCAGCCUUCAUUCUUAAAGAAAAAGGGCAUCUCCUGCAUGCUGGCUCCCUCGGGCCCUGGAUGGGUUAAUGCAGUGAAGUGUGCUCCCCACACCAGGAUCGCUGGCUUUUAAACCUGCCCUGACGCUGUUGGCCUCCCCCAAGCUCAGACGCAGCUUUUCCUGUCAGCUGCUACCUGUGUUGUGCAGACAUGGCCUUCCCGCGGAACCAGAAGCUGAACCUCCUGCGCCUCACCGUGCUCUUGAUCGUGGCGUUAGCAGGCAUCAAAUUUAUCUUCCGAGACAGCGUUACCCUGGAUCAGCACAAGCACAUCAGCAGGGACAAUGACUUCUGGGGAAAGGCUGGAGAGGAAAAGGAGGAGCCCAACCCCCACAGCCAGGCCCUGGAGCGCUCAGCGGCGAAGGUAACGGGUCCAAAGGAAGACACCAAAAAGCAGCUCUCCAAGGACUUCAGCACCACGGAGAUGAGGCUCGUCCACCUGGACCUGAAAGGAGCCGCGCCCAAGGUCUCCUACUUGGAGCAGGUGUUUCCACUUCUCUCCAAACUUGGUGCAAAUGGAAUCCUGGUCGAGUACGAAGACAUGUUUCCCUUUAAGGGUGAGCUUGAAACCCUCAAGUCUCCAUAUGCUUAUAGCGAAGACGACAUCGAGAAGAUCCAGCAGCUAGCGGCGCUCAAUAAGCUGGAAGUGGUUCCCCUGGUGCAGACCUUUGGGCACGUGGAGUUUAUUCUGAAGCACGACAAGUACCGAUACCUGCGGGAGGUCGAGCGCUUCCCCAACAGCCUCAACCCGCACGUCCCAGACACCCUGUCCCUGCUGAAGAGCGUCCUGUCGCAGGUGAUGGACAAACACAGACACUCCAGCUGGAUCCACAUCGGAGCCGACGAGGUCUUUCAUCUAGGGGAAGGGAUGGAUUCCAAGAACUGGAUCAGCCGCAGCAAUGGAGACGUGGGGAAGAUGUACCUGAAUCACAUCAAGGAGGUUGUGAACUUCAUCGUGAGCCAGUACAAGGGACUCCAGGUCCUCAUGUGGGACGACAUGCUGAGGAAGAUCAGCGUGGGAGCCAUCCAAGAAUCUGGCAUCGCGACGCAUGCCUCCCCGGUGCUGUGGUUCUACGCCCCAGACUUCGACACGGAGCAGAUAGGAAAGUUUAUUUCAAAGUACGCAGACAGUGGCUUCAAAUCGGUGUGGUUCGCGAGUGCCUUUAAAGGCACCACUGGCCCCGCACAGGGCUGGACCCCUUUAAAUUACCACCUGAAAAACCACCUGAGCUGGCUGAAGGUGAUCCAGGCCAUGGCCAAGUUCCCCUUCAUCAGGUUCCAGGGAAUUGCCCUCACUGGGUGGCAGAGGUACGACCACUACUCCGUGCUGUGUGAGCUGCUGCCGGUGGGGAUCCCGUCCCUGGCCAUAUGUCUACAGACGCUGGUGAACGGUGGAUUUACUGAAGCAACUAAAAAGAAAAUCCUGGACAUGUUGGGCUUCCAGACCAUCAAUCUAGAGAAGAGCACGUGUGAUGGGAAUGGUGCAUUUCCAGGCUCUGAAGUCUAUCGCAUGGUCGAGCAAAUCAAUGGCCAGUUAAAAGAGAGCAUUGCGAAAGCCCUGGAGGAAGAAAGCGCCAUCAAGGGCUGGUUCAGCCCGUACCACAGGAAGCACCAGUUCGGGAACCCGCGCAACCUGGAGCACUUCGGCAGCAAGGUGUUGAAGGUCCACGAGGACUGGGAGAACUUCAUCCAGAACUUCCGCUCCCAGCUGGAGAGCAUCUACUUCCCCGACACGGUGGAGGAGUGGAUGGAGGAGAACGUCAAUCCCUACAUGGACCGGCUGCGGGAGUUCGUCCGGGACUACAGGGAGAUCAUCCGCCUGAACGCCAAGCCCAAGGCCUUGUAGGGGUGGGAGCCCAGGCUGGCUCGCUGCAGUGAGGAGCCCAAUUUCACCGCACAGUGGGCUUGAGCUGCCGGGGACGUGGGGACUCUGGCCGGAGCUUAUUUCCCCUCGUCGUAGUCCAUUAGCAACCCCCAGGCCAGUCUUGUUUCCUGGCUCCCUCUCUGCAGAGGUGGCCACUGGACCUCUCUGUUACAACCCCUCUUCACACUAGUCCCUAAAAUCAUCUUGAAAAGCAUGAGCAAGGCCAGGGGGAGCCUCUGGGAUUGGGCAGCUGUUAAUGUCUUGGGCUUGGCGCUGCAGUGGCUCUGAGCAGGCCAUCCCAGACAGCAGGUGCGGCCAGCGAGUCGCUGGCCAUCUGAGCUGUGAGCCCUGUGGCCGCAGUGCGUUCUCCAACCUCAGAGCGGUGUCCUUUCCCUGCAUGCUCAGGAUCAGGCCGUCACUGCGGCUCCCCCAGGAGAGGUGGGAUGGGGCUGGCUUGCCUUUCAGCCCCCAUCCACGCUCGUCGGGGAGCCCAUGGCUCUGGCAGCGCAGACCUGCUUCGCGGAUCCUGCUUCUUCGUGGGGCCAGGUAGGAAAGCCGUGCCCACCUUCCUCGAGGGGCCCGGGGUGUGUCUGUCCCCAGCCUGGCACUCCACAAAGCCGCAGCAAUGGGAGAUGUUUGGGCCUUCCUGGGAAAGCUCUCCCUGUGGCGACCAGCUCGUUUGGGACUGAGACCCCCGUCUGCCUCCUGGUGACCCGAAGUGUUGGUGUGUCUGCAUGGAAAUGCAUGAGACGGAGCCUCUCCUUGUGGGGGAGCUGGGUCUCUGCCGACACUCCGGCCGCUUGGGGAAGAGCAGUGCCCUGAGUGUGGGCUGGGGAGUGGGUAUCACACGAGUCUUGUGCUCUUUGCACUAGUCGCAGAUUGGUGACCCAUUGAAAAGAGGUGAAUCUGUUCCCUCCGUGCCAGCAAGGUGACUAGUGCACACACUGGCCCCGUGGCAAUGGUGAAUUCAGAGAUGACUUGCUCAGGCUUCAGGCUGUUUGGAGCAGGGCUUUCCAAAGGGCUUGGAGCUGGCCUUGCUCGCUGGUAAAACAUCCCCUGACUGCAGCAGGUGCAGAGUCCCACACCGAGUGCUGCUGAAAACUCCACCCUUAGCGUUUGCCUGCACUGCAGUCAGAGGUGUCCUUGGCACUCGGGCGCUAAUCUAGCUAGCUUGGCUAAAAGUAGCAGUGAGGUGGGCUAGCAAUGGGAGUCCGUAGCCAGCAGUCUGGACCGGCAUGUACAGCCUGUGCUGAAGCCAUGCUGCUGUGGCCUCACUGCUGUUUUAGCUGCACUAGCGAGGUCAAAGCUAAUUCCCAUAAUCCUGCUUGAGCUGCAGUGGCUCCUCCGAUUGCAGAGUAGACGUACUCUGAGCUGGUGGUAUCUAUUUUGAACGCUGAGAUCUGAUGCCCACGAUCUGUUUCCUUCUGGAGAUGUGGAUCUUAACAGGCCAGGUGAGUCCCUGGGGAGAGCCGCUGCUCUUCUGCACCAGGGCUCCCCUGUGCAGGACCCCAGGGGAGUCCUGUGAGUGUUAUUGUCCAUUGCAGUCUGGGGAAGGGUUAGGCAAAUGCUGAACAAUUCCUGCUUUGGGAGGCUCCUCCAGGGACAAUGCUGCCAAACAGGCUUGCAGGGUUUGCAGGGGGGCAGGGUCUUGUUUUGGCAAAUAAAUGUCCCAGAGCAGGAGCCGCCUUUCUACUGGGGAUGGUGACAGACCCUGGGCCUUACAGCGGGACACAAACUAGAGACACUAAUGGGUGUCAGAGGGCUCAGAACAUGCUGGGGGUCGGCUUGUGGACAGGGACUGGGGGUUGGCCUGUGGGCUCUAAAUCCACCUGGAGCUCGGAGUUCUCGCUGCCUUGGUGGGACUGACACAACCCAAUGUGUGAGCUCCCCCUGCUGGUUCCUCAGCAGCGCUGGGUCCAGACACUUCCCCAGACUGUGGUAAAAUUGAUGCCGGUGCAAGAACCAACAUUUGGCCUAAUUGAUGUGAGGUGACUCAGUGUAGCAGCAAUCUCUGCAAGCAGCCCUAUUAAUAUCGGUUCCGUCUGAGAGGGCAGGGGACUCUGGUGACUUCUGAUCUGUGGAGUAAAGGGCAAGUCCAGGGUGGGAGACCCUGAUCUCAAACAUCUGAACUUAUUGCAAGCAAUGGGGUUACAGUCCAAAGUGAAGUGUGUGAUGUAUGGUGUCCUGCCCUCCCCCCCAGUCACAGGGCUAGCGUCCCUGGCAGGUUCUCACUGUGGGCUGUAGUACUGCGGGAUGUUUCAUUUCCCCGGGGAAGGUGACAGACACUGUGCAAUAACCCAGGCUUCUCUUGCAUUGCCACUGUCUCUGCACUAGCUGAUGUUGCUGUAAUACAGUGAGUGACACUUGGGUCCCAUGACUACAUGGAGAGGACUCCUGUUUGCCAGUGGUAUUUGGUUUAAUAUAUUGAGCCUUAUUUGUUUUUUUACUGUAUAGAAAGCUCAUGUAAUACCGACUUCCACAAUAAAGUAUUUUCCUAAGAAACGCA